AUGCUCAUCAACUCUACCCUUGUCGCUACCGUGCUCCUGCGGUUGGCUACAUCUGUAGUCGCUCAAGGUGUCAGCCCUGACUUCUCACCCGGUCGCUGUUCCUUCGACGCUGUCGUCACUCAGGACUGCUGGGACAACCGCGCAAACACUUUCGUCGAUCUAUCACCCAUUUGCGAUGGUGCUGGCGCCCAGUUCAUGGAGCAGACCGACUUCAUUGACCUGACCGAUGGACUGACGCUCACGGGCGUGGUUGCAGGAAAAAAACUAAAGAUUGGAUUUGAGAGGGAUAGUAUCGGAUUCAUCUACGGCGACGCUGAAUGGCCCAAUCAGAAUGGAGACAGCGAAUUCAGCUGCACUACUAAGCCGUGGGAUAACCUGCCGCUGGAUUGCAACGAUAGCAACCGCAAGCAUCGGUCCCAAGCCUUGACCUGCGAAUUCGACUGCACAAAGCCCGAGUCAGACUUCGCCGUGAAGCGCGCGCGCUCAGAGCAGCUCCCUGAGAACCUUUCGACGCCGCCCAAUUCAGUCGCUGCCAGCUCAACCUCGGAUAACUACGCCCCAGGAUUCUGCUCCUUCAAGCUGCAACUCUUCCAGCAGUGUCUUCACACGCCCGCUGAAGGCUGGCACAACCAAAUGCUCGGCAUGCUCUACAGCGUUGAAGACAACAACCGCGAAACUGCCGUCAUAUACCCCGAAGGCACUGGUCGUAUCGACAAAGGUGGUGUGAGACUGAUGGGCAUGGGUGGCUUGAUUGUAGUGUACAGUCCGCAGGACAGGCAGACGUACUUUUCGUUUGAUCCAAAGGGUGGCUACUGGAGCACCCUAACUACCAAUACCCCGGAUGCGAAGGGCAUUUGCUCUUGGAACCCGUGGACGCGUGGCGAGACAGGGUGUGAUGAGAAUCACCAGAACGAUCACCCGAGACUCUCGGACAUGACCUGCGGGUUCUGGUGCUAGGAAGCCCGGAGUAAAGCCAGGGACCGCAUAUUAGACAGAUGCAACAUUGGCGUCAUGUUGACAUUGAUCGAGGUGGCUGUCUGGAUA